CAGAGCCACGGCAUCAACUCCGCCACAGCCAUGGCCUUCAUCGCUCUGCUCUCUGUGCUGGCGCUGAUCCUCAACACGGGAGGUUUGCUGGGGGCUGAGGUGAGGAGCUCCAUCAUCGGGGGGAAGAAUGCUCAGAAGAGCAGCUGGCCGGGGAUGGUGGUCCUGAACCUUACAUCGGAUGGCAUCAACAAGUGGCGCUGUGGCGCCACCAUUGUCAGCAGUCAAUGGGUGAUGACUUCAGCAAGCUGCGUGAAAAGACACCCUGCAGCUGUUUGGCGUAGAUCUUUUGCUUGGGUCAACUCACUCAACCUGCAAAAGGACCCAGCCCGUUACAUAGAGAUAGUUACUGCCGUCGAUCACCCUGAGUACCGGGCAAAGGAAUAUGGCCAUGACAUCACCCUUAUAAAGCUGAAGAAAAAGGUGGAUUUCACAAAAAUGGCUGGCAAAGUGGAUCUGCCCAGCGCUGACGACAACUUCGGUCCAUCAUCUGAGUGUUGGAUCACUGGCUGGGGGAACAUUGGGAUCGAUGUUCCACUGCCAGGUCCGGAAACCCUUCAGGAGCUGAAGGUUCCCAUCAUCCCUAACAGUGUGUGUAAGGCCAGUUAUCCUGCGCUGACUUCUGACAUGCUGUGUGCAGGGGACAUGGCUGGAGGGAGCGAUGCGUGCGACGGGGAUUACGGCGGCCCGCUGAUGUGCCGCACUACAGGUGGCUUCGUGCAGGUGGGCAUCAUGAGCUAUGGGAGUUGUGGUCUCCCAGGCAGACCUGGCGUCUACACCCAAGUGUCCAAGCAUCUGCGCUUCAUCAACGAUUUCAUCCACAGGGAGGAAGCCUCCGCUGAGGAGUAAAACUGCAACAAGCAGACACCUCUUUUUAAAAGCCUUCUUACUGCUUCUCUUCUGUGUUGUUACUGUCAGACCCUGUCUUCACUUGACAUGCACUCUGGUUUGUUCAACUCAAUUAUUUGCAUUAAAGUUUUUAAAGCAUCAUC